CCAUAACGAUACAGUUGCUUCCAUGGUCGCUUCAUACCGGCUGCGUCAAGGGGCGCUGGCUUCAGUUUGUUGUGUUUGUUAGCGAAAUGUAAGCCUAACUACGGGAGGAUGUUACUUUUGCCACCGUACGAAGCUUUGUUAUCGUAAAUACGGACCGUGGCACGUCGGGUUACAAGGCGCCUUGUGAGCACCGCCAACAUAAAUGCAAGACGCAGUACAGAAGAAUAGUGUUUUACGCUAUUACGGGGCCACAUGUAAUGUUAACCAUUGAUCAUGUCACACUUCUGCUGAAAGAAGCUCAACCUCACCAUAACCGACAGCAGUUAUCAUGUGGCCAUGUCAAGCCAUGUUCAAGGCAGAUGUCUGAAGCGGGCUCCGAUGCCGAAGUGAGCUCGGAUUCGGACAUUAGUUACAAUGACUACUACAAUUGCCCAGAGGAUGGGGAAAUUGACCAGCAAGACCAGAAGAAGCAGGACCCCGAGUACUUUGAGUUUGAGUGCCUGUCUAUCGAGGAUGUUGAGCGACUGCUGAACGAAUCUGUCGAGUCCAUUUGUGCUAGCCUCAGCGUGAUGCCCUCGCUGGCGAAAGUAUUGCUUCACACCCACAACUGGAAUGCACAAGAGAUCAUCCAGAAGUACAAGCAGAAUGCAGCGCAAGCCCUGGCCGAUGCAAGGAUCAAGCCACUGCGGUCCGCCGCUGUAGAAAUGCAGGCAAUAAGGAAGAACCCUUCGGUUCAGUGCCCUAUCUGCCUGCAGAACUUUGCUGGGGAAAGGUUCAGGGGCCUGGCGUGUGGGCACUACUUUUGUGCAGAUUGCUGGGCCAUGCACUUUGAGAUACAAAUCCUGCAGGGCAUUUCUACAGCCAUUGAAUGCAUGGCACAGUUCUGCAACAUUCUGGUCCCAGAGGAUUUUGUCCUGAGCCUGCUGAGCAAAUCAAUCCUGCGUGAGAAGUACCAGCAGUUCAUGUUCUCCGACUAUGUGCGGAGUCAUCCCGAGCUGCGUUUCUGCCCUGGUCCCAACUGCAAUGUCAUUGUCCGAGCCAAAGAAAACAAGAGCAAGAGGGUCGUCUGCAAGAACUGCAAGACGACGUUCUGCUUUCGGUGUGGGGGAAACUACCACGCGCCAGCAGACUGUGAUACAAUCAAGAAGUGGAUCACAAAGUGUGCCGACGAUUCGGAGACUGCCAACUACAUCUCUGCUCAUACUAAGGACUGUCCAAGGUGCCACAUAUGUAUAGAAAAAAAUGGGGGUUGUAACCAUAUGCAAUGUUACAGUUGUAAAUAUGAUUUUUGUUGGAUGUGUCUCGGAGACUGGAGGACACAUGGUAGUGAGUAUUACGAAUGCAGUCGGUAUAAGGAAAACCCCAACAUAGCCAACGAAUCCGCCCAUGCGCAAGCAAGGGAAGCGCUGAAGAAGUACCUCUUCUACUUUGAAAGGUGGGAGAAUCAUGCCAAGAGCCUUCGUCUGGAGGAGAUGACGCUCAGUGCCAUCAAGAACCGCAUCAAUGGCAAGGUGAUGGCAAAUGAGGGAACCUGGAUCGAUUGGCAGUACCUGCUUGAUGCGGUCUCUCUCUUGGCCAAGUGCCGUUACACCUUACAGUAUACAUACCCCUAUGCCUACUACAUGGAACCUGGGCCCAGGAAGGAACUGUUUGAGUACCAGCAAGCAACCUUGGAAGCAGAAAUAGAGAAUCUCUCAUGGAAGGUGGAACGUGCAGAGACGACAGACAGAGGGGAGCUUGAAAACCAGAUGGACGUCGCUGAGAAGAGGCGCUCAAUUCUCCUCAAGGACUUCCUUGUCUAGCAGGGCAGAAGGCUCUAGUCACCUGUGCACAGACACAUGACUGUCGUACCGUCACACCAAAAAAAGAAAGAAGCAAAAAAAUCUGACGCUACCGUGCCAGGACAUUACUGAAGGAGAUGCUCGACUUGGGACCCCCGCUACUAAUCAGCGGGCGUCGUACCUCAUCAUCAUCACGUCUUUCACGUUUGCAGUCAUCGGUGUAACAUCGAGGCACAAAACUAAUGGGGAUCUCUCCUCGUCCUCAACGGUAAAUUGUAAUUAACAGAGCAAGGAUGUGGGAAGCUUUCCACGGGCAUUCGGUGUUCCGUAAAAAGUGAGAACUAAAUCCGGAGGUACAGGUAAAGCCUUCCGGCAUGAGGGGGAAAAAGAAAUGUUAACGAGAGUUGCGGGAGCGGUUUCCUCAUCUGAGCAUCGUGCCAUUCACAAACGUGAUUUCCUGGUAACCUGACCUGAAGGCUGUAUUUGUCGAUCGAUUUCUUUUGGUGGUGAUUCCGCACUGCACUAUUAUUUUGCUAUUCCUUUUUGCUCUUUGUCAGUGGUCCGAGUGGUGCUCCUCCCUCCCACCAGGAUUGGUUGGUUGUGAAUGGUGGAUGCGAGGAAAGAAAUCUCUAUGUUAUACCAACCCUGGUUUCCUUAAUCGUGUUAAGAAUAGCACAGGGUGGGAGGUUGCGUACAAAAAUUAUGCGCAGUGAGUUAGCGAUUUUCUGCUUUGUUCUAUCUUUCUAGAGAGAGCUGCUGCGGUUGAAGGAAUUCAACUUAACUGCUCAUGCAUUGUCAUUGGGGUGAACUCGACAUCUGUGCAAUCGCACGAAUUUCGUGAUUACAAGUUUUUUUUUCUCUCUUCAGGUGCGGCAGCAUUCUGUCGCUUCCUCUGAGAGCAUAGGACGCGAUUCUGUCCCUGGAAAUUCCAGGGACAGAAUUCAUUCAUUCUAGUUCGGUGGCCAAAAAUGGACAUGACGUCAUCAUAGUGACUGAAUAUGUCCGCAAAAGUGACAUUUCUUUCGUCCAAAUUGGGAACGCAUCUGGUCGCCUUCAGUGCGGUUCACUGUUGUAGCGGCAAGCAUUUAUACAAGCCGCAAGAUUUCUACUGGCAGUUGCCUUAAUGCACUUGGCUGUGAUGCGGUGUCAAGGUGAUCCUGACAAAAAGUAUGCUUUCCAUGUCCCAUAUUUGCCGAUUUAGUUAGUUGCUUGCAUGCUGGGAGCGAUCUCCACGCAAGUGGUCAAUCGAGAGUGCAGCCUUCUGUAAUCUUGCUCUCUAUGAUUGAAAAACUUCGCUGCAAUGCAGAACAGGAAUCGCUGUACUGCAAGAGUGAUCUCCACAAAAGCAGUCGAUUGAGGACACAACUUCUAGCUCUCUAAGGCCAAAAUAUCAUCACAGGAUAAAAAUCAUUGCAUUGCAAAUUAGAAAAAAACUAACUCUUCUGGAGAGUUUUGUUCAAGUGUUGCGUCGGAGCAGCGGACUGCAUUUAACUUAGGGUCGAAGGUGCGCGGCAGGAAACGUUUAGGAGCAGGGAAUCCCUGUCUUUGCAUUGUCCGGUGACGUUAAAAUGUUCUUUCUGCUGGCGACCUAGCAACCUUUGCACGUUGACGUCAUCUGCAAAGAAUCUUUCAGCUCCCACAAUUGCCACAGCACUGGUGCAUAUUUGCGUUAAUUUAGGUGACACCUGUUCAUGCUGUCCCGUCUGCACUACUUUUCUUCAUAAAGCCUUCUGUAAGGGGAGAGUUCAGCUCCAAAUACUUUUAAGUUUUGAGGCUUGCUGCAUCGUAGCAGACAUGGUAUGUUGCAGUGACUUGCACUGCAUACCACAUCUUAAAAGAAGCUCGUUUGAAAGUUUCGCUACCACCAUCACUGUCUGUUCAGCCAUGUGAUUUCACGUUACCAAAGCCAUACUGCACAUGAAUUUGGUGCCAUUCAACUAGCAGAGUGUGCUGGAGACGGACAAUAAUGGUAGAGUGCUAGCACUAUGCUAGAACACUCCAUUGGGCACACAGAUUAGCCGAGAGGAGGUGGCUUGUAAAAGCAAACAUACUGAUUCUGAGUAAGAACACUUCUUUGAGAAUGGACACUUGAAUUGAUGGGUGCUGGGAGCUAUGGCUCACGGCCCCGCUAUAAUGAGCUUUCUAGCUCUAGCCCGUAAGAUAAACGUGACGUUAGGUGUGUUCCUGUGAAUUGAGUCAGCACAGCUUCCUAGUAUGUUGGUUAUCAAGCUUCUAGUAGUUUGAAACUUUCACAAGCCCAUUUGUGAACUCUUUAGAGUACAUAUAUUAUAACAGUGAUAACAGUUAUUGGCAUUUCCCUUAACUUGACAUGAUGGCAAUUAUCGUCAAGAUUGCCAAAUGCCUGAGGAAAACUGCACCACUCAAUAUAGUGCACACAGAGUCACAGUGGUGUCACAGAGUAUUGAACAUACAAUAGUGGCAAGGUCAAAAUAAGUGUAUGUAACUGUCUAAAAGGGGGUUGCGGUGAUUGCUGUGGCUUUGCUCUAGAUUAAUUCAGGAGUGUGUGCUUUUUUUUUUUUCAGUUGCACACAGCUACGUUAAUACAGGAAAAGCUCGAGCUGUUACAGUUGAAGAUGUGUAUUUGUGAUCCCUGUAGUUUCCUUAUUAGGUACUUCAUUUUUCACUAGUGGUCAAGCAACUCAUUAGCAACCUUGUCUCUUGUUGUGUCACCUACUUGAUCUACAACUUAGCAGGGUUCUCAGUUUCAUGCAAGCUCUUCACAAUAUGCCUUGCUGGGGUACCUCACUUGCUCUUUUAAUAUCCACUGUCCACCAUGGCAUGUUUUCUGACUGCUCUCAACAAAUCCCCCCCUUUUAACUAUCUAAAGGACCCGUGUAGUUCUCAAAUAAUUUGAGAAACGCCACUUCAGUAACUCUUCCCCCUACAGAAGGCCUUAUUUCUCCACGAUCUCUGGUGUGAGAACUUCCCAGUUGCUACUGUGACCAUGAUAACAAAGCACAUUGUUACAAGUUUGUGUUUUGCUCUGCCCCUUCUGUGCUUUCUCUUGACAUAACAAUCCCAUCUCCGUAGCUGCUAAGACGAGCAUACUCAUUGCUUCAAGUUUGUGUUACGAGCCACCAGACGUUGCCUAUACAUGCUUCUCUGCACUGCAGAGAUGGAUCGUUGACUGAAAAAAUAAUCCUAACAUGUUUUUUGUCAGCUAUUUGCCUUUGAGGGGCACAUGAUAACAGGUUGUUGCCAAAUAAGCCAGUUUUCUCCCACUAAUCAUGCUUGUGCUUCAGCGUUUGCAAUCUAUGAACCCACACUUUUCUUCGCUUGACAUUGUCUCGUCACCUGCUCAUGCUGGCAUGGGCAGAGGAGUAUCUGCUCCUAAACAUUUCUUGCUUCAUGGCAGGAGAUGAUGAAAUGACUACUACUAGCCAUUAAAGAUGGAAGUAAAGCAAUAGUGAUGCAUGACUGCAGAGGUCUCAUUUAGGUGAAGGCAGCGUCUUUGUUGGAGGUGCCUUUUGAAGUAUGUCGAAGGGAAUGAAAAAUGAUGCAAGCACUUUUGUUUACUACUAUCCCGACAGCUGAUUACCUCAGUCGGGUGUGUAGAUAAGGCAGGUUUUGCUGGUCACGUAGGAGCACCCCUCUGUGCAUUGAGAGUGUACUCUUCGAACUGAUCCAGUGUGAUAAUUGCAUUUUCCGAGUCUGCGGGUUCAUGAGCUGAACACGCAAUCCUUUGUGAGACAUAGGCGUUCUUAAAUGUGUUGCAAAAUUAAAUGUGUUAAUUGCUUAUUCAUUGCGAAAGCACAUUUCUGCAGAAUGCCAGGUUGCCAGAUCGACACAUGAUCUAGCAUUGAAACAACCUGGCAGACACCCAUUGUUUAAAUGCUUUUUAAAAGAAAAAUGCAGUUUUAAAUUGACCAGCAAAACAUGUUUUAAAAGGUGUGGAAAAUAGAAAAAAAGAGAAUAGUGUGCAAGGUACAUUUGCUGCAUGACAUCUUUAUACAACAUUUGCAAGCUUUUAGUAAUGAAUUUACAAGCGAACUCGGUGAAAGCAAAGAUAGAAGAUGUGCCAAUGUAAACGAAUAUGUGGGAACUGUUUGUAAGCUUUCUUUGUAUAUCUGUGUGCGCUGUUCCAAUGGCCAAGCCUGAAUUGCUACGUAAAGCAGUGUUCUUAAGAGAGAUGGGUAUUUGUUUGAAAUCAUGUUGGAAGAAAAGUGUGCUAUCCCUGUUACGGAAUGAGCUGGCAUUUUGAGAAAUCUUCUUUUUCUGUUUUGUCUAAGUGAUCUCGUUGCACUUUUUUUUUAUGUACAGUUCUAUAUAUUAUACAUAGGUGGUACUAUACAUAAUUACAAAUUAAAGAAGUUGCUUCUUGUACAA